UUGAAAAGAUGCUUUCUAGGCUCGAGGCUCUCUCGCUCUCUAUGAUGUGGGGAGGUGUUUGCCUUUUGUUCUUAAUAUAGGAGCGCUUUAAGCUGGCUUUCUUCCGGGGUGGGCGGGAGGUGCUUUCGGUGAUGGCGGACGAGGAAGGCCAGUUGGAUCUGGAGCCUUGCGCUUCUCGUCUGGAGACGGAAGCCGAGGCUGGUGGUGACAGCGAGCUGCUGGACUGUGGGGUGCCCAUUGAGUCCAAUGGCUACACGCUAUACAGGGAUAGGAAAGAAUGGGCCGAUGUUGAGCCAGUUCCUCAAGAUGAUGGGCCACAUCCUGUAGUUCAGAUUAUCUAUAGUGAAAAAUUUAAAGAUGUAUAUGAUUAUUUCCGAGUGGUUCUGCAACGUGAUGAAAGGAGUGAAAGAGCUUUCCAGUUAACGGGGGAUGCCAUUGAUCUUAAUGCUGCGAACUAUACAGUCUGGCACUUCCGUAGAGUUCUUCUGCAGUCUUUGAAGAAAGACCUACAUGAAGAACUCAGUUAUAUCACAGCUAUCAUUGAAGAUCAACCAAAGAAUUAUCAAGUCUGGCACCACAGACGGGUGUUAGUGGAGUGGCUAAAGGAUCCAUCCCAAGAGCUUGAAUUUAUAGCAGACAUCUUGAACCAGGAUGCCAAGAACUACCAUGCGUGGCAGCACAGACAGUGGGUCAUUCAGGAAUUUAAACUAUGGGAUGAUGAACUGGAUUAUGUUGAACAGCUCUUGAAAGAGGAUGUCAGAAAUAAUUCUGUCUGGAACCAAAGAUACUUUGUAAUUUCAAACACAACUGGUUAUGAUGAUCCUGCUGUUCUAGAGAGAGAAGUCCAGUAUACACUGGAAAUGAUCAGGAUGGUGCCUCAUAAUGAAAGUGCAUGGAACUAUUUGAAAGGGAUUCUGCAAGAUCGUGGCCUUUCAAAAUAUCCAAGACUCUUGGAGCAGCUGCUAGAACUGCAGCCAAGUCACAGUUCUCCAUACCUGAUUGCCUUUUUAGUGGACAUAUAUGAAGACAUGCUAGAAAACCAGUGUGAAAACAAGGAAGAAACUCUCAACAAAGCAUUAGAGUUAUGUGAAAUCCUGGCUAAAGAAAAAGACGUAAUACGGAAGGAGUACUGGAGAUACAUGGGAAGAUCCCUUAAGAGUAAACACAGCCCAAAUGAGGAACAGAACAUACAAAGUGAAAGUGAUCAGCAGUAACUUCACGUUGAGAGGAAAGACUGUUGCAUUCAGCUCUGUGUAUUAUGGAACGUCCGAGGGGGACUGCUAGGCAGACAAUUAAAUAGUGUUAUUUCCCCCUCGUCCCAAAAUACUUUGUAACUAUACAUUACUGAAAAGGUAUUGCUUCUAACCACACCAAGAAUGCAAAGCGUUCUACAUAACAAACUGACCUGUGGUUACUGCUGCUAUACGCGUUAGCUGUGGAGUGGUCCAAAGCACUGUGCGUUUAAAAAACACUUAGUUAUUACUUGAAUUGUACCAAAUAAAGGAAUUGUUUCUUAACAGUAAAUGGAUAAUGCUAUACUAGCAGUUUUAAUGCCCUAAAUCCAUUCCCAGCCUUGACCGCCAUAAAGUUGCCCCUGUUCUCAUACAGCAAGUGCAUGUUAAGAUUCUGAAUGUAUUUGAAUUGGAUUGUAGAGACCUUGUGUACAGUGGAUAUCUAGAGUAACUUAAUUUCAGUUACUGUAAGGAGAGUAUGCAGUUGUAUAUUGGAGCAGCUAUGCAACACUGUUUUCAUUGUACCCAACUAAUGCCAUCAAUAAUUUGUAAUAAAAGUAUAGAUACUUGUAAAAGAA